GUGCUUAUUCGCAUGCACACAUGUAUGAGCGCCUUACGUGCCGGGUGUGUAAGGUAAGUGUGUGACUGGCCUAUGUCUCAAUGCAUGUCUCUGUCUCUGCCAAGCUAUAUGGCCUUAGCUUUCCGUCUCCUAAUCCAGCGGUAUACGAGGAAUCCGAUCAGAAGUGGCAGCGCUAUGAGCAGCAUGAUGGUGCCGACGAACGAGACACGGAUGCCACACCUGCCGACCGGCAGGAGAAUAUACUCCACGGUGUCUUUGCCCUAACAGAAGACAGCACACACACACACGCACCACACACAAUGACUCAUCAAGGAAGGAUGGGAAGCGGCAUUUGGAUGAUCUGACGAAGAGUUCUUGGAGGACGUUGGCUUCCUUGCACUCAUGUACUUCCCAUAUCUUUAUGCUUCCAAUGAACAGCAUGUCGCCGGCUGCACACACGAACACACCAGCACAGCACAGCACAGCACGCAUACACGUCCCAAGGUGAACAGUUUCUCUUCUCGGUUCAAUGGUGCUUACGGUCAUUGCAGUGGCAGAACUCGUUAUAGAAGAAGAAGCAGUCCUGCUGGUUGAGGGCCGAGCUCACCACGGAGUCAGGCGCCAACCGCUGCUCAAUCGGCAUACAGUAAUGAACUGGGAUUGCACAACC